AUGGAAAAGUCCUCCAUGGAGAAGAGCUUGUAUAGUGAGGUGGACUUUGAACAAAUAAACAAUUCUAUUGAUGAUUUGUUUGAGGGACUGACAUAUUGGGGGAAGAUGAUCAAGGAUGAAGAUGAAGAUGAAGAUGAAGAACAUAUUCCCAAACCUACCAAUAAGAAGAGAAAGGCUGAAGAUGAAGAUGAAGAUACUACUCGCAAACCUUCCAAGAAGAAGAGAAAGCUUGAAUAUGAUGUAGAAUCUACUCCCAAAUAUUCCAACAGGAGGAAACUUUCCAAAAGUCUUACUCCUCCACGUAGUCCCCCCACCGUGACGUCAAAACCUAGAUCACAUGCACCUAUUGUUGGAUGUAAAUGUGAUCAGCUGAAGAGGGAUAUCAAAGAGAUGAAAAGAGACAUAAUGGAGAUAGAGUUGAAGAUGAAGGUUGAUGAUGAGAAGGAGAAUGAAGAUAGGGAGAUGAUGAAUGAGAAGGUUGAUGAUGAGAAAGAGAAUGAAGAUGAGAAGGUUGAUGAUGAGAAGGAGAAUGGAGAUGAGGAGAUAAAGAUGAAGACUGAGAAGGUAAACAAUCAUGAGAAGGAGAAUGAGAACUUAGAAGAUGAAGAGAUGAAGGUGAAGAAUGAGAAGGUUGUUGAGGAGAAGGAGAAUGAGGAUAAGAAGAAUGAGACAUUAGAAUAUGAGAAGAUAGAGGAGAAGGAGAAUGAGGAGAAGAAUGAGAAGGAGAAUGAGGAGGAGAAUGAAAUGGUGUUCAUCGAAUAUGUGCGACAAAAGAAGAAGAAGAAGCAAGAGAAGGAGAAGGAGAAGGAGAAAGAGAAGGAGGAUGAUUUCAAAGAAUUCAAUACUCCUCCUCCUAAAGUAACAUUUGGGCGAAAUAGGAGGAUCAAGAAGUCGAAGAUAAAUGACUCAUUUUUCUCAACAAGUGGUAUUAGAGCUAAAGGUUUGUCUUUGGCAUGGCGGUUGAGUCUUCAAAAGGGGCAUCACACCGAUGGAGAGUUUGAUACUAGCCAUGGUUUGUUCGGAUCUGUCUUUGGAUUAGAUUUGGAGCUUUCUGCUUCUGCCCAAAUCGAAGCUUUUAUGGGUUUAGAUGUUACUAUUGAGGUCGAAAAGCCAGAUGGUAUAGAAGAAAAAGAAAGGAGUAUCAUGAAUCGAUUGUCGUGUGGAACAAUUCGGUUGUUCCUGUCUAGAGAGCAAAAGUAUGUCGUGAAGAACGGAACUUCUGCAUAG